ACGAUUGUGUUAAGAACUCCCAGUAUUCUGGCCAGGGUUUCUGUCUGAACUGAAAUUGUAGCCACAAACAUCUGGAGGUUAUAAGAUUCAGGUUAAUCGUGUUUGAGAAAAUGGGCUAUGACAUGGAGCGCUUUGUUGGUUAUGUUAAUGAUGGGCUGAUGUGUUGCAUUUGCCGAGAUGUGCUCCAGGAUCCUCUGCAAGCUCCUUGCGAGCACGCCUUCUGCACUUCCUGCAUCCAUGGAUGGCUCAUUGAACACAACAGCUGCCCAGAGGAUCGCCGGUUCCUUGGUUUGUCUGUCCUUCGACCACUUUGCAGGUACAUGAGGAAUGAUCUUAACCGACUUCAGCUUCACUGCAGAAACAGAGAGCGUGGCUGUGAAGUAGUGUGUUCACUAGAAUCCAUUGACAGUCAUGAAUGCGAGUGUGAAUACACCCAGAUUCCCUGUCCAAAUAUUGCUUGUCCAGUCCAAGUUGAACGGCGUCACUUAUAUAGUCAUGUGGUAGUGUGUGAAUUUCGGACUCGGGAAUGCCCCAAUGGCUGUGGAUAUGUCAUUCUUGGUCCUGAAGAUGCCCAGCACAACUGUGUGGCAGAACUGAGAACUGAACUAGAGCUACUCAGAUCUGACAUGAACUGCCAAAUGGAAGAUACAAAACAUGAGAUGCAGUCUCGCUUAGAUUCCCAAAGGAGAUACAUGGUGAAAAAAGAGAGUCUUUUGCAAAAAGACAUUGAAGACCUUAAGAGUCAAAUGUCCAAGAUGAUGUCUAACAUGCAGAUUCUGAUGGCAACAGAAAGACAGCAUCGCCAAGACUUGGAGCAGGCAGAACUUGAAAAACGUGAAUUGUUGGAAUUAAUGAAGAACUUCCAAACAGGCAGCCUCUCUCCAAGAGCUGAAAGCAAGAAAGCAACACAUUCCCAGCCUCUAUCACGGCUGGAUAGUAUGAAACUAAAAACAUGGGAAGCAACAGCCAUAUAAAACUAAAAGUUUUAAAGCCAGGUUUGCUGAACUUUGAACUAACUUUAGAGGGCAAAAUUAUUAAGUUAUCUUAUUCUAAAACAAAUCAGUACUCAUUUAUAGGCUUUAUUUUCCUUGAGAUCCUUUCAAAUCUCAUUGAGUUUGGGAAGAAUCAUAUUUAAAAGAGAGCAUCUUCAAGUGUUAACUAUUUCAGUAGUCAGUCUUAGGAAUUUAAAAACCUGGGCAUGAUUGAAAUACCUUGUUUUACGUAAUCUAUUAUUUUUUCCUCCUCAAGUGAGUAACAAAAUGUCUUUCUGCUAUUCAGAACAGGGUAUUUAAAAAAAACUUAGACUUGAAGAUUAAGGCAAACAGGACCUUAGUUUGACUAUGAAAAUUAUAGGAAUAAAGAUUUUUUUCAGUAGUUGAUAUUCUAAACUAUGCAAGAUAAAUUACUGGAUUCUGAUCCUGAUUUCUAAUUUACCUCAGUGUUUUUCUUUUUCAGGUAGUUUGUAAACCUUCAGAAUAGGCUACUUGUCAUCCUAGAGGUGGAAGACAAAGUAAUAAUAAAUUUAAACUUUGGUUUUGGUUUUUUUAAAAAUUAUAGUUGAUAUCUAAAGAGAGGAUUUUACAGUGCCUUUAUAACCCUGGCCCUUAUGUUAGAUAUACUUCAGAACUGCAAUAUAGUUAACACAAUUUGUAAGUUGAUCUUCCAGUCCAAUCUACCUCAUAUGAUUGCUUCAAGAAUAAAACUGAAAGUGAAAUACUAUAUAUUUCACUGGAGAUCCCAGAAUAAAAGGUAUCGCCCUAAUCAAAAUAUAAGUUGUCACAAGAGCAGUUCUCCCAUAACUACAUUUGGACCAAACCUAUUUAUGUUAAUGAGCAUUUCCAUUUCCAUUGCCAGAAAAGCAUAAAUCUCAUUUGUCUACCAUUAGAUUAACAUGUUUUUCAGUAUUAAAAUAGCUCAAGAAAUUUGUAAACAAUGUUUUUAAUAUUACACAUACUCGGCAACUAGAAAAUCAAUAUUACAAAUACUCAGCUAACUAAUAAAGCUAAUAAAUAUUUUUGCACGUAUUAGCCAAAAUGGGAUUUUUGGAGUCAAGGACAGUUUAAUAUAGAAGUGUCAAUCCAUAAAAAAAAAGAAGGUUCAGAAAGGAAUUUACUCUUUAGGAGAAUGAGGCUGCCCAAAAAGAAAUUAGGAAUACUAUCACAAAUUUGAUAAUCUAUGCCAGGGGUCUCCAACCUUGGCAACUUGAAGACUUGUGGACUCAAUGCACAGAAUUGGCUGGGGAAUUCUGGGAGUUGAAGUCCACAUGUCUCAAAGUUGGAGACCCUUGAUCUGUGCAGUGUGGAUUAUGCUUGUUGAAAGAAGUGUAGAAGAGGUCUGACUGAAGAUGGCUAAAAUGUGCAUCUUUGUG